UGGCAGGGAGUGGAACAAGAUGAGCUUUAAGGUCCCUUCCCACCCAAACCAUUCUGGGAUUCUUUAAAGGCUCUGAAGUGUUGAUAUUUAACGCCUGAAUCUGCAGAAAUUUGCAUAUUUUAGAAAACAUUUAGAAGCCGUCAAAGACUUGGUGUCUCUUCCAUUUUCUCCGUGUGCUAUGUUGGGUAGUUACACUUAUGUGGGCAGAAAUCCUGUUGUGGAUGAGGUUAUGCUGGUAGGAAUUAGUCAUGUUAGAGUGACAAAGGAACCUCUCUGCCGAGGCAGCCGUGCCACCCUGUGGAAAUGCAGCACAGCCUGUUGCAUAUCCAGAAAACCUUUCUCUGUGUCUGAAAGAUGAUCUUGGAGACAGGAACUAAAUCUGGCACGUCAAGUGUUGGAAAAAUGUCAUACAACUCAAAAAAAACCAGGAAAGCAGUUGAUGCUUAGUUUUGGGUAAGGAAGAAAAAAUGCUUUGGACAGCUCUUGUUAACGAGGGUCUAUAAGGACUGAUGGUGGAUAAAAGCCAGGAAAGGCCAAAGCAUGGGGAAAAUUGCUACUACAUCAUAGUUUCAAUGAGAUGGAUGCAAUCCAAGAGGGUUUAGAGCUGAAAAAACCAGCGUGGAGCUGGUUUGUUGUGGAAGCUGUUUAGUAGGAUGGAUUUAGCACGGCACACGUAGCACCACGCUUCCAGAAACAGGCGUUGCACAGAGCUCUGAGCCUCCACUUGCUUGUGAAGGCUGUUGGAAGGACUCUCCUGCCAGAGCUGUGCUGGAAUUGUGCUUCCCAGCCUUUCUCUUCCCAGUGCAGCCUGAGCCCGGCAGCCUCGCUCGUCUCACCUGCCUGCUGGUGAAUUUUGGGAGCAGCUCCUGGAGGCCUUGGUCUGUGGCCUGAAGGUUUUGCAGGGGAUCGUUUCUGGGCAGGUGCAGUGAAGUCCUUCCUGCCUCUCAUGGCUCUUCAGGAUAAAGGCACAAUGUCUGGAACUGAUGAUUUUUCGUUGGCAGAUGCUUUACCCGACCAGUCGCCCGCUAAAACCUCCAAAGUGAGCAGCAGCAAGCCUGGCCAGCAGCCCGGGCAGCCUCCGCAGGGCUGGCCGGCCUCCAACCCUUGGAAUAACCCCAGCGCCCCCCCUAUGACUCCAACGGGACUGCCACCAAACACCUCGGCUUCCAGCGUGCCCUUCGGACCUCCUCCCACGGGAAUGUAUCCUUCAAUGCCCCCGGGACCGCCUGCUCCAUUUCCUCCUCCUCCUACUGGACCCUCCUGCCCUCCUCCUGGUGGUCCAUAUCCACCCCCAACUGUGCCGGGUCCUGUCCCUCCAGGGCAGUAUCCUCCACCAAAUAUGCCCUUUCCAGAGCUUCCACGACCUUACGGAGGUCCAACGGAGCCAGCUGCACCUCCUGCUCCUGUUGGGCCGUGGGGAUCCAUGCCCUCUGGAGCAUGGGGACCAACAAUGGGAGGGCAGUAUCCUGCUCCCAGCAUGCCAUAUCCACCCCCAGGGCCAUAUUCUGCUCCUACCCAGACUCCAGGGGCUGCGCCGACGGUACCGUGGGGUACGGUGCCGCCCGGAACGUGGGGACCGUCACCGCCCGGCCCAUUCCCUCCACCCACAGGAUCGUACCCAGCUCCAGGACUAUAUCCUACGCCCCCUAAUCCUUUUCAAGUGCCAUCUGGUCCUGCUGGUGCUCCAUCAAUGCCUGGUGGUCCCCAUCCUUACCGCUGAAUACAUUCUGGGCAACAAAAUACUGUAGUUUUCCACCUUCAUCCACUACUUACAGAGAUUUUUACAGUUUUUGUUUCAGUAAUGUAUGGGGCUAUGAAGAAUAUUGCCUCUUGUAUGUGCAUUUGAGGUAUGAAGGAGCAGUUUGCAUCAAUUUACCUUGCUCAUGUGCUGGCAUAAUUAUUUGGUUUAAUCAAGUGAAAUACAAAGAGAAGAUAUCAACUAACACACCUGUGGUUCUUAUGUUGGCAAGCAUUCCUUGGAAAAACAGAGUUGCCAUGUAAGGAUUAUAAAGAAUCAGGCCCAUGGAAUUAAAACAAAGUUAAUUCUUAAAUUUCCAUUAAUGCUUUAAGUCUCGUUGCCAGACUCCUGCUGGUCAUUGAACAGAUGGAUAGUCAUAUUUUGUCUAUUUUAUUCUAAAAAGUCAAUAGAGAAAGUGUUUCAACAUUUUAGUCAAGAAACCUAAUUUUUGAACGUGCUACAGUAAUUCAAACUAACAAGACAGAGCAUGUGAACUGGAAGGUUUUCUCAGCAUUUUGUACAUACUCAAACCAAUUGCUCGGUCUGGGACUACGGAGGAGAAGAGCCACGUUUGGAAGCCUUGGUGUGACUUGUCAGCACACUGUUGGUGUUCACAAACAGGCAUUCCUGUGCAAGUGAAAUAACCUGGAUGUGCAGUUAACUUUGAAUCAGCAAAAUGUGAGUUUUAUGCAUGCCAAUGAGGACAUCCUGUUGCCAGUUCUCAUUCUGUGGUGGUUGGAAGUUUGGCUUGGUCUGUGUAAAGAGAAACUGAUCCCCACGUAGGUACUUCCCUAUUUCUGACCUGGGUUCUAGUCAUUUCAAAUUUGACUUGGCUGCUGGGUUGUGUAAACCUGGCAGACUUUUUCAGAGUCCCUGGAAACUGAACUUGAGCUUAAAACCCACCCUGAGCAUUCCCUUCCCAGCAGUUUUUGGCACAGCUGUGUCAGGACGGAGAUCCUCUGCGCCGUUGGGCGCCAGGGGGUCUCAUUUGCCGUCCCUGUGCCCAGCUGGGUGUCUGCAUACCUCACAGAGCAGGUGGAAUUUGGGAGAAAUUGAAUGUCAGGAAGCCUGUGCACUGCUGUGCAGCUGCCUCUCCCAGGGGCACUGCCCUGAGUUGUCGUGUUCUUGCCGUGCCUGUGCCAAGCACAUCGAGGGUUUGCCGAGACACAGCCAAUCUCUUGGUGGUACUUCAUGGCCUGCACUUGGACCACGGACAGCUUGUUUCCUCCCCAGCUGGGGAUCUCCUAGCUUAGCCUCUGUGGGUAGAAUUAGGAACAGAUUUUGCUUCACAUGGUAGCUCAUUAGGGAGUCUUUGUAUCAUGGAACUGUGAACACGAGUUAAUUCUCUUCCAGUACCUUUGUGGCUUCCUGCGUGCGUGUGAUGGACACUCUAAGAGCACAUGGGGUGACCUGGUGGUGAUGCUCCCUGGUAGUCAUAGCCUUUAUGGCAAAGUCCUACAGUAUUUUUGCAGGAGAAAGCCAGCUGAGCUGUGGCUGCUUUAAUCCAACAUCAUGAAAGCUGAUAGCAAAGGAAUGUCUAUUUUUUGUUUUAGGAAGACAGUACUGGAGCUGAACAAAAAUACUUUAACAUUUCAACUUAAACCCCCCCAGCAACUUAACCCUUGGAAUAAGAACCAAAAGUGCAAGUCUUCGCUAACCUUAAAAAAAACAACCCAGUUGCCCCCAAGCAGACUUGGCAAGACUAAUUAAUAAUCAACAUAAGCAACAUUGACUGCAUUUGCUCAAGUGCUUUUUUGAUACCUGCAGCCUUAGUCUGUAAAUCAUUGCAAUGAAAAAACAUUUAUUCCAAAUGAAUGGAUCAUGCAGUAGCAGCACUCCAGUUGGAAUUGCACUGGCCAUAUGUCUCUGCAGGGAAUGGGAAGAGGUAGGAAAGGAUAAAGCAAAAGUAGCAAGUAAUGAUUUUUGGAAAGGGGUUUUGUAAAAGUAACUAGACUUCUAGGUUCUUCCUGAAAUAGGCAGGAUUUAUUACUGGAACAUUUAGGCUAAAAUUCAAUAUAUAUGGGAUGUUUUUCAAUGUAUAUUCGUAUUUCUUGAGGUCAUGAAAACUGUUUCAUAACCCCUUUGUUUUUGUGAGCAGAGUUCUUUGCAUAGCAGUGAAAAGGGUAUUCCUGUUAAUCUAUUGUGUAAAAACUCAAGGUGUCACUAUAUACCGUGUAGUAACUUUAUCACAUGUUAUGUCAAGUGUGAGCAACUUCUGGCCUGAAGCUUUUGCAAUGGAAUUUGUACAUUUCUAUGCAUCAUUUUGAGUUCAAUUGCUGAGGAGUUCGUUUUGACUUGUGCUUUGAGGUUGACAUACUGCAUUUGUUUACAAUACGAAAUAUAAGCAAUCACAUCUUUAAAGUAUAGAUUAUCACCUGCUGCUGUAUUUUCUUUAGAUGAAACAAAUAUUGCUGUAUGAUAGUGAGAAGCUAUAAAUACAGGAUUUGAUAUUUUUUUGAAAAUGCUGUCACUUUUGUAUAAGAUUAGACAUUAAACGUAUUUUCAAGACUGUUGUGUUCACUGUUUUUCAAUUCCUGCUUUUGACAUGCCUGUGUAGACUUUUGCCUUGAAUGAAUAGUAAAAAUAGGACAUCCUUGAUUUGCAAAGCCUGAAUAUAAAAUCAGAAUUACUUGACUUCUGUGAGUGUUUUUCCUCUUCCUUUUGUGAUA